CAAGCCGCGGCGAGUCAUGACCAUACGCGUGAUGUUAGUCAUUCAAAAAUGAGUAACAUUAACAAAUAAACAAUUUUGUGAUAAUGUGCCGAUCUCUUUAUAGUGUUUUAAUUGUCUUAGCUUGUACAAGUUAUGUGCCGGUAAUUAGUCAGUAUGUGGGCUCCCCGUGCCCCGGGAUUUUUGAGUAUCGAAGUGAUGGUGAUGGAGUGUACGGAGUGAUACAUCUGCAGCCUCAUGGACCUGUGUCUAGCAUACGUGUUGUAGUUAAUUUUACGAUAGCAGCUAGAGUUAUUUCGAAUUAUCCAGGCCGCCUACAGCCAAUUAAAACCUCAGGGUUACAAUUCAAUCAAGAUUCGCCCAUAUACUACAGAGUAGAUUUCCCCGUCACCACACCACUACCGAAGCUGACCUACCUCAUCGUCAACGGCAACGUGUUAUGCUAUGGUCCUGGAGAUGUGGCCCGGCCUGAUUUAUACGUGACCACAAUCAGUCUACAGCACAUGCUGAAUCUUCGAGGGGGAGGACCAGGAAAUCUGGGCUCUAUUAAACUUAUCUCUUCAUCACCGGACGCUGACGUGUUCGCAAUUAACGUGGAUGGUGAUCGUACCGGCACUUGGAAUGAUGGAUUCCAACUUCCACAACAGCAGCCGCAGUCUCAACGGCCAGCGCCGCCACCACCGCCAACACCAUCAGGCGGUCCAGACGAGUACUAUCUAUUAGAAUUACCAUUCCACACAACAACUACUAGAAGACCGACAACUCCUGCGCCACGACCUCAAACUACGAGUAUUUACCCAUCAAUGCCUGCACGAACCCCUUCCUUCAGCUCCGAGUGUGGCGUGGUUGCGGGAGGCAACGAGCAUGUGCCCCUCAUCUACCAUGGCACUGACUAUACGCGAGGGGAUUGGCCGUGGCUGGUCGCCAUUUACAAGCGGAAGGAUGGAAGUCUAACGUUCGCCUGCUCUGGGACACUGGUGUCCGAUCGACAUGUUGUGUCUGCUGCCCACUGCCUGCAGCAACGAAGUACGCUGACCUCAAUCAGGGAUGUCGUGGUCAAACUCGGCGUGUAUAACCUGGAGGACUGGGGUGACGAUAUCGUCAUCACCAGGACUUUGGAAUCUGCUACCAUCCAUGAAGAGUUCAAUUCUACGACGUAUGCAAAUGACCUUCUUGUGCUCACGUUUGAUAAAAGCGUAGAGUUCAACAACAACAUUAGGCCGGCGUGUCUCUGGAAUGGGAACAACGAUCUCAACAGGAUAGUGGGAGCUUCAGGAGUGGUAGCGGGUUGGGGGUCAAGCGAACUAGGUCCAGGCAGCAAAGGUGAACCUCGCAUGGUGCGGAUACCUGUCGUCAGCACCGCCAUGUGUCGGGCUAGCAGGCCCGACUUCCACGUUUUCACGAGCGACAACAUGUUCUGCGCAGGUGAUCGUAAUGGCGCUGGUCCUUGUUUAGGGGACUCCGGUGGAGGAUUAUAUAUUCUGGAUGGAGGUCGCUGGCGCCUCCGCGGCGUAGUCUCACUGUCACUUCGACCAGAAAAUGGAGAAUCUACAUGCAACCUCAACGAAUACGUUAUUUUCGCUGACGCAGCGAAAUUUAUAGAGUGGAUUAAAAAUAUCAUAAGUAAUUCAUAAUUUUGAUAGUGAUUUAGAAAUU